AGAUGCUCUGCCAGACCCCACACCCCUCCUUCCACAGCCCCCAGCCUGAGCUGCGGUUUGUCCCGCUGUCCCCACAGCUCAUGUCCCGUUGUCCCCACGGCUUAUGUCCCCCUUUGCCCGAGCUGCCGUGGUCACCUCUGCAACAGCAGGGACCCCCAAGCUGCUUUUGCAGCAGGCCGGAUGUGCUCAGGGCAGAAAAGCUUUGGAUACUUCUUGCCUCUGUUGGGAGGAGCAACUUAAAUCCUUGGCUCCUAAGCCAGGUUGUUGCCAGCUCAGACUAAGACUUAAAUUCAAGUUGAUGUUUUGAUGCCACAGAGUCGGUUUUAAUCCUCUCUGAAUCCACUACGGAGGGACAGACAGAGGAAAGGGAUAACAAGUCGCAACAAAGGACGGCAAACAAGGCGACCCGAGUGGCCCAGUGCUGCAGGAGGAGCUCAGCACAGAACCAGGCAGGCUGAGCAAACAGUGGAUGCGGCAGCCCUGUCUGCAGCAGUCACAGGAGGGCUGCGCUCCCGGCUGUCCAGGAUGAAGCUGCUCUUCGCAGUGCUCGCGCUGGCCCUGCUCGCUGCUGCCCGUGCUGCCGAAGACUCCUGUGAGGGCCACUGUGAUGAUGGCUUCGAUGCGCGGCGCAAGUGCCAGUGCGACACCCUCUGUGUGUACUACCAGAGCUGCUGCAGCGACUACUCUACCGCCUGCAAAGCCAAAGUGACCCGGGGAGAUGUGUUCGCCUUGCCGGAGGACGACUACCUUGACUACAACCUCACCGUCGACCUCGGCACAGAGCCGAGCACCAAGGCAGCCCCCACAGAGCUGCCCACAACCCCACUGCCGGUGCAGCCCACGCCAGAGAGCGAGCCGGGCCCCGAGGAGACGCUGACGGAGACGCCCAUGGAGGAGGUGCCCAGCACCACGGCAGAUGGGCUCGGGGAGCGGGACCCCGAGGAGGAGCCAGAGGAGCUGUGCAGUGGGAAACCAUUCAAUGCCUUCACCGACCUGAAGAACGGCUCCCUUUACGCUUUCCGAGGGAAGUACUUCUAUGAGUUGGAUGAGACCAGCGUGCGGCCCGGCUACCCCAAGCUCAUCAGCGACGUCUGGGGCAUCGAGGGCCCCAUCAAUGCAGCCUUCACACGCAUCAACUGCCAGGGCAAGACUUACCUGUUCAAGGGCAGCCAGUACUGGCGCUUUGACGAUGGAGCCCUGGACCCCGGGUACCCCCGCAACAUCUCCGACGGCUUUGAGGGCAUCCCAAACAGCAUCGACGCUGCCUUCGCUCUCCCUGCGCACAGCUACCAUGGCAACGAGAGGGUCUAUUUCUUCAAGGACAAGUACUACUGGUCCUACGACUUUGCCCAGCAGCCGACGCAGGCCGACUGCGAGAAGUCCUCCCCCUCCACCGUGUUCAACCACUAUGCCUUCAUGAACCGCGACAGCUGGGAGGACGUCUUCCAUAUCCUCUUUGGUGGCAGGAUAACCGGGGCCAGCAGCCCGCGGUACAUCAGCCGGGACUGGCAGGGGGUGCCCAGUCGGCUGGAUGCCGCCAUGGCCGGCAGGAUCUACGUGGCCACACACCAGCCCCGCAGGAGGAAGUCUCGCCGCCAGCGCAAGAGGUACAAGAACCACCGGUCACUGAAUUUGGGUUUCUGGGGCUGGCUGGAAAAUGACUCCGACUCCGCGGGUGUCGAAAGCGACUGGCUGUCGGGCUCCAAGUGCGAGACCCUCCAGAGCGUCUACUUCUUCGCAGGAGACAAGUAUUACCGCGUCAAUCUGCGCACCAAGCGUGUGGACCUGGUGCAGCCUCGCUACCCCCGCUCCAUCGCCCAGUACUGGCUGGACUGCCCAUAGCCUGGGGAGGAGAGCACCUGAGCAGCCCCCGCCGCAGCGGCCAGCAGCACAGCUCCUAGCUAGCCAGAAAUAAACCGUGAGCGCUGUGCAGGCUGGAGA